AUAAAAUUUCAUGGCACAAAAGUAAAAUUAUUAUCGUUUUUAUUACAAUGCAAACAUUACACCUUUAUUAUGAGAUCCUGAAUACUUACAUCACAGCGUAAGAAAGAAAAACUUUAUUCGGCAAAAAUACACAUAAUAUUUACAUAGUUUGAGUUCGUACAAUCUUACUUCUAUAUAUUUAAUUGCAAAUUCGAAAAUUUGGGUUUAUGAGUAUAGAAAAUGCAUAUCAAAAGAACUGCACAUCGUUAACCAACGAAAAAAACACUUACUCAAAAGUGUUUAAUCCACUAACAUUUCCUAGGAAAAGUCAAAUACGACGCAAAAUAAAUACGAAGACAUUCUUUUGAAUUUUUAAUUCUUGAUAUCAUAAUAAUCUGGAAAGUUAUAUUUUUAUUAUGAAGAUAUUUAUCAUUUAUUUAUUAUUAUUUAGUUAUUUGGAUGUUGUCACCAAAUCCACGUAUUUGAAGACAAAGAUGAAAUACAGGCCGCAAGCUCCUGGUCUAUAAAGUUAUAAUAAUACAGUAAGGUCUACAAAUAAAAUGAAAUUACAAAACAUUGAAUUAAAAUCAUGUUGAUAUUCUUUGUAUAAAAAACCAUGUCAAACUAGUGUGAGCAUUUCUCCAAUGCACACUAUUCUUUUACUUCAUAGCAGAAAUGGAAUUUGAGAAAAUAAAACGGGCAAGGUUUCCUGAACUCUUGAAGUCCUUUAAGAAAAGUUUAAGUUAUAAAAACGAUAUAAAUUGGCCUUCGUUUAUUGUAAUAACGCUGUACCAUGUAUUCGGAUUUUAUUGGUGUUAUUAUUACGCGUUUCCUGUUAAAUGGCAAACUGUGGUCUUUGCUGCAAUAAUGUUUAUUGUGAGUGGUUUUGGAAUAACUGGCGGUGCACAUAGGCUAUGGACGCACAGAGCUUACAAAGCGAAGCUUCCGUUGAAGCUUUUGCUAAUGAUGUGUUUCGCCAGUGCUGGCCAAAAUUCCAUAAAGCAAUGGGUGCGAGACCACCGCACCCACCACAAGUGCAGCGACACUGAUGCAGACCCACAUAACUCCAAACGCGGCUUCUUCUUCUCACACAUCGGCUGGCUCGUCACGAAGAAGAACAAUCAAGUCUUGCAAGCUGGGAAGAAAAUCGAUAUGAGCGACAUCGAAAAUGACCAGCUUUUGCAAAUUUUCAACAAAUACUUCAACUACUUCAAACUGGUAUUCUGCUACAUCGUGCCGCUCACAGUCGUGAUCUGGUUGUAUGGAGAGAACUGGCGCUGCGCCGUCGCCUGGCAUUGCAUUAAGUUUCUCUUCGUAUUGCACUGUGAACUCACUGCCAACAGUCUUGCACAUGCCUAUGGAUACAGACCUUACAAUAAGAAUAUUAUAGCAACAGAGAAUCGCUUCGUGGCUACAUGUACUUUCGGUGAAGGCUGGCACAAUUAUCACCACGCGUUUCCUUUCGAUUAUAAGGCAGCAGAGCACUUCGACUUCUUCAACUGGAGCACCAGAUUCAUUCAGUUCUUCCAAAAGAUUGGUUGGGCUUACGACCUGAGGCAGGCCACUCCAGAAAUGAUUAAUUCCAUUGCAAAUAGGUUGGGUGAUGGAACUCCUGUACAUUUUCCGAUAGGCGAAAACUUGAAGAAAUUGGAAUGAUUAGUUAACUUUAAUUUUAUUUUAUUAUAAAAAAGGUAUUCAAUGAUUAAUAAAAACCGAAUUUGAACGUUGA